GAGUAAUGUAAAUGAAAUAACGUUGAUAUUGCAAUUGCACGAAUGAGGAGGAUCGAAUGGGUUCAUUAAUUAGAGAUCUCUAAGCAAACACCUAACCCUAAGCAGAGGCAGAGUGGUUAUUUCCUUCGACAGUGAAAGAGGGGAAGAGAAGAAAGAUGGAUGCCAUGCGGAAGCAGCUUGAUGUGCUGAUGGGCGCGAACCGCAAUGGCGACAUUGGGGGCGGUGCUGUGGUGGCUUCUUCAUCUCUCCCCGAGAAGAUCAUUGGGGGAAUUUCAGCCCUCUGUGGAGAUCAGAGAGGGCAGUUUAACAGCUUCCUUUGAUAUGAAGAGGCUAAGGCAAAAGGCAUCGAUAACUAUGACAGAGAGUUGGAAGAUGCUAUUAACAGGCUCAUUGUUGAGUGUGAUAGGAAGAUUGGUAGAGCUCUCAAGCGCCUUGAGGAUGAGGAUGCCAAGGCUGCUAUUGCUAUAUCAGUCACUGAAGUUACUCAGGUUUUGCGUAAAUUGAUGCUACUGACACCAGAAGUACUAGAGCUUUCAAAGCAGAUUAAGGGGAAAUUUAAGGAAGCCAACCAAUAUGAUAUUUGUUUUUCCAUAUCUGCUCAGCUCCUUGCCAGACAGGAGCCUGUUCUGGAUUCCUCAAAAUACAUUGCUGCUGAUGUUCGCAUUUUAGCUUUGGGGUUUCAAGUGCUUCAGCUUUUGACCCUGACUAUUAUACCUCUUGAUUACCAGCAGGCUUUUGGGCCCAGUUUUACGAGGAUAACUUUUGCAGCUACAUAAUGUGCGUCUUUUUCCGUUUUAUGUGCAUGUAGAUCUUGCAAUUGUUAGAUAGUAAACAUUUAGGAAACUGUACAGUGCAAGCUCCUGCAACUUUUUCUAUUUUCUGGGUAAAAGUGUUUUGAUUUUUCUUGUUCAUUUCAGUGAUCGACGUUUAGCAGAUCAUUUUUGAGGCAAACUGCAUCUAGGCUAUAUGCAAAUCUGUGAUAAACUAGCAAAGCUGCAGGUAAGAUUAUUUAUAUGCUAUGGUGGCUUUUCUUUACAAAUAAAUUACAUUGGGGUAGGAAGUUCCUGCUGUCCAAGAUUUUGGUUUUACAGAAUGCCCGAACUUUUCUCCACAUGCUAUGCGCAUUCAGCUUUUCUUUCCUUUUGCCCCCUUUUUUUUUAAAUAAAAUUAAUCAGACCUUUAUUUACUUCCUUUGCCUAUUAGAUUCUAGUAUAACAGCAAAUUAAAUGCUUUUGUGCUUAGUAGGUAUCUCUAUUCUUCUAUUGAUCUUUUCCAGAUGUCCUUAGGUUUGUAUUGUGAAUAUGUUGGUUCAGGUGCUGGUGUAAUGUUUCACAUUCUUCUAUAAAGAUUCUCAGCUAGU